AUGCCCCUCGACAGGAUACCGGGGGACGACAACCUCUACAUUGGCAGCGCCUUUGUCGUCGGCCAGGAGAAACUGCUCGACAGCCACAACAUCUCGCACAUCCUGUCGGUGCUGCAGUACACGCCCAAGGAGAAGGCCGACAUUGCCGCACGGCCACAGACGCGGCCACGCACGCGCAUUUUUGUAGACGUGGACGAUGUCGAGGAGGAGGAUCUGCUGGUGCACUUCCCACGCAUCGUGCGCUUCAUCGACUUUGGUCUCGCGUCUGGAAACCGGGACGGCGACCGGGACGGCGACCGGGACGGCGACCGGGACGGCGGGGCCAACGACGGCGGCCACGCGGCGGACGGUGCCCGGAAUGGCGCCGUCUAUGUGCACUGUGCCAUGGGCAAGUCGCGGUCUGCGACGGCCGUGAUAGCCUACCUGAUGUGGAAGCGCCCGGAACAGUUUCGGAGCGCAGAGGGCGAGGGCCACGACGAGGGCCACGACACCCCCAAAGCGACACAGCGCUACCCGCCGGCGGUCGCCGAAGACGCGUUGCGGCGGGCCCUGGCCUUUGUGCGCCAGGCCCGGCCGCUGGUCGAGCCCAACCCAGGCUUCAUGCGCCAGCUCGUCCUGUGGUGGCACAUGGGCUGUCCUGCGGACGCGCCGGACGCCGUCGAGCGGAGGCCGGCGUACCAGCGCUGGCUCUACGAGAAGGACGUGGAGGAGAGCACGCGCAUUGGACGGGCGCCAGGCCGGCUCUGGUUUGGCGACGAGGCGGUGGCGACGGCACCCGACAAUGUGGACGCGGGCGAGGACGCUGCGCCGCAGAAUGAUGAUAUGCAAAACACGCCGUCGUCCCAGAACAUCCAACUGCGCUGCAAGGUGUGCCGUCGCGUGCUGGCUGGCUCGCAGUUCAUCGUCCCUCACGACCCACCGGACGCUGCUGCCGUGCACACGACCAACGGCCGCUUGCCACCGGCGCAGACGCAGUCCACCGCCGCCUGCAACCACCACUUUGUCGAGCCGCUGUCGUGGAUGCGCCCCACCCUGGAAGAGGGCGCGCUCGAGGGCCGCCUCGUGUGCCCCAACACGCGGUGCAACGCGGUGGUCGGCCGCUACUCGUGGCAAGGGUUCAAGUGCACGUGCCGCGCGUGGGUGUGUCCGGCGUUUUCGCUGCAGCCGAGCCGCGUGGACCGGAUUGUGGUGAAGCCAAGUGCGGGUGCGGGUGCGGGUGUAAAAGGAACAGGUCCGAACCUACACAACAUCCGAUCGCCGCCGGGCACCAAAGGGCCGAGCAAAGUAUAG